UUUAAAAGGAAAGGCUUGGUAGAAAAUGAGAGAUAGAAUGGAGAGACUUGUGGUGCUUCCUUUCUCCAUCGGAUGUAUCUCCGUCUCAAGUGUUGCCGUUUUGUCUCCUCUCUCUAAGCCUCAUCAUCAUCACUCUCGUCAAGUGAUUCGUGAACAAGAGGAGGAAGAUAACAUGAAGAAUGUAUUCAAGUUCCUUGCGGUUUCUAAACCGGAGAUUUCUAUCGGUAUUAACCGGAUUUUCAAGAGCUUCAAGACCAUUUCUCAACUCUUUGCUGACAAAGAUGAAGAGAAGGAAGAAGUCGAAACAUCAGGAAUGGAGAUAGGAGUUCCAACGAACGUAAAACAUGUAUCGCACAUCGGUUGGGAAAGCGGUCUAACCGCGGCUACAGGUCCUGGUAAAGGAUGGGAAGAUCUCAUACCGCCGGAGUUGCUUGCAGCCGCUGCUUCAAAAAAAGAAAUUAACCCUCAUCUUCAUCCAACUUUAUAAUCCACUCCCUCUAUUUUUAUUUUAUUUGAUGUUUUGUUUAAGAAUCUAGACAUAUUGAUAUAUAUAUGGUGAAUCUGAUCUAUGAUAUAAACUAUGUUAUGCGGUAAAUAUAAUCGUUAUGUAAAUAUUUUGUAUGUUAAUCAUAAGAUAUGAUAUUAGUACCAUACAUUAUCAACAAAAUGAAUAUUGAUAUACUCGGGGAGCUGGUGAAUAUUAAC